AAAAUCAUGGUUGGGAAAAAUUUGACUGAAGUGAAGGAAUUCAUCCUUUUAGGAUUCACAGGAGACAUGGAGCUGCAGAGAGUGCUCUUUUUCAUCUUCCUCCUCAUUUAUGUCAUCAGCCUCCUAGGAAAUAUCACCCUGAUCUCCCUCAUCUGUUCUGACUCUCGUCUCCACACACCCAUGUAUUUCUUCAUAGGGAACCUGUCAUUCCUGGAUCUCUGGUACUCAUCUGUCUAUGCACCCAAAAUCCUGAUGACCUGCAUCUCUGAAGACAAGAGCAUCUCCUUUGCUGGCUGCCUGGCUCAGUUCUUCUUCUCAGCUGGGCUGGCCUACAGUGAGUGUUACCUGCUGGCUGCCAUGGCCUAUGACCGCUACGUGGCCAUCGCCAACCCCUUACUUUAUUCACAGGCCAUGUCUCCAAGGCUGUGUGCCAUUCUUGUUGGAGCUUCAUAUAUUGGUGGCUUUGUAAACUCUAUCAUCAUCACCAGUGAGACAUUCACCCUGAACUUCUGUGGUGACAACGUCAUUGAUGACUUCUUCUGUGACCUUCCCCCGCUUGUGAAGCUGGCCUGUGAUGUGAAGGAGAGCUACCAGGCUGCACUGUAUUUCAUACUGGCCUCUAAUGUCAUCACUCCCACUGUGCUCAUUCUAGCCUCCUACCUCUUCAUCAUUGCGGCCAUCCUGAAGAUCCGCUCCACCCACGGCCGCCUCAAGGCCUUCUCCACAUGUGGCUCUCACCUGACAGCCGUCACCUUGUACUAUGGCUCAAUUCUCUUCAUUUACUCCCGACCAAGCACUAGUUAUGCCCUGGAACGGGACAAGGUGGUGUCAGUGUUCUACACUGUGGUAAUUCCAAUGCUGAACCCCUUGAUCUAUAGCUUAAGGAACAAAGACAUCAAGGAUGCCCUGAGGAAGAUGUUAGAGAGAGCAAAGCUUUCUUAA